CUUUGACUGUCAGUCUCCUGCAGUACAGAAAGCAAAGAGGAGCGAUUCGGGUUUUGCACCAGAGCCUCUUUAGCGUUUGUGAAACAUCGGCUGGGAAGCGCAACACGCGGUGCCGCGGCCGUACCACGUGGUCAAAUGCGGAAAUUGUAACAAUUGAGAAAGUAGAGUCGGACACGAGAGGUGAGGGUUCGGUACCCGCUUGAUUUUCAGAGCUGCUGCUGCGUGUCUCAGGACAACACUCCCACAGGCUGCAGGAGGCUGCACUUCCACUUACCGCCUCGGUUAAAUGUACGACUUCCGUGUGCUGUGAGUAAAGGGUUGUUUUGAGGUCGGACAGCUGAGAUGACAAGGCUGUGACAGUGUGUGUCUACGUGUGUCUGUACUGGACUCAUUCCUGUGAAAUGGCCACUGCAAAGAAGAGUUGUGCAAAGGCGGGAGGCGUGCGCUUCUCAGAGGAACCCCCUGCUGCUGGAGCCCCCUCACACGUUCACUUCGACGAAAAGCUACAUGACUCCGUUGUCAUGGUGAUUCCAGAGGAUGAUGGCAACUUCUCGGUUAAGGUUGGCUUCCUGAAGACGCAGCAUCGGUAUGAAAUAGUGUUCACCCUGCCUGAGGUCCCAGCUCUGGGUAAACAUGUGUGUCCAGCACCGGUACCUGGUCCACACCUCCGGAUCACUGACAUCGCACCAGCACCAGAGGGAGGUCUGAAGAUAACGUGCGAGUACGUGACCCAGCAGGAGGGGGUUCUGUGUGAGGAGGUGCUGCUGCUGAGCGAGACCAACGAGGCCGUCUGUGUCAGAGUCAAAGUUCAUGCCAGAGUCAUGGAUCGUCACCACGGUACCCCCAUGCUGCUGGAGGGAGUUCGCUGCAUCGGUCCGGAGCUGGAGUACGACUCGGAGCAGAGUGACUGGCAGGGAUUUGACUAAUUGUCAAGCUUCUGUUCCCAGUUUUCACACACAUCCACAACACCUACAGAAAUUCACACACCUGCCAUCUUUCCAGAUAGAAAAAAAAAAGGAAAACCUCCACAGCUGCCCACUGGAGUACCACUCACACACACAUAUACGAUUAGUGCCACGAGCUGUGCUGCUUCUCCACCACUGGUGUGAUUCAUCCCAGCCUGACUGUUCACUGGACCUCAGAAGAAACAUUCUUCAUCCUGAGACAUGAAAAGCAUUCCUCAGCUGUGACCUCCACUCUGACGAAACAUUAGAUCAUCUUUCUGCAAGUCCUCCAGCUUCCCUGUCUUCAAGUGUUGUGUUUUCUUUAUUUAACCUCUAGAAGGCAGCAUCUGCCUGUAAAUCAGCACAGCCUCUUUCUCACAGCUACGUGGGCUUCAGUUUUAGACUUUUUCUGAUGUGCAGAGCCCACCUGGAUUUAUAGAGUUAGGAGUAAACAAGGGCUCUUUUACGAUUUCAAAAGCUUGACCCUAAAUUAAGGCGCUAAUCUGCAUAAUUCAGGAAAAAUUAGAUGAACUGAGGAACAAUAUUUAGCAGCGCAAUGCCUCUGUGUGACCAUCAGGAGGCACUGCAGACCCCACGUGUAUUGUUGCUCCAAUCUAAAGGCUAUUUCUUUUGCCAACUGUGCUGCAGUGUUCUCUGUUUAAAGGAAAAUCCAACUCUGAAAUGUUUCUGUAUCUUCAGUUUUACUGUCAAACCCGUGUCAGCAGUUCUAUCAUUUUUGCUCUAUUUGCAUCAACCUGCCCCGACUUCUUACUUUUCCCAGUCUGCCUUUCAAAAACUCCAAAAGAAAACGCGUCAGCUUGUUUCAGUACGUGAGGAAUGGAUUUACAGCUGCAACACUGGAGGGAGAGGAAAGAUGCCUGCUCUCCAGCUAUGUCAGGUUCUCUAAGCUGGAUUUUGCUGUGUGUGAACUUUAAAAGAAGCAUCCUCUUGUUCAUUAUGAGGAGCUGAAACCAGAAUCUGAUGUUUACCUCUGGUGAUUUAGAUCUCGCUUUCACUUUUUUUCUUUUUUCUGAGCUGCAGAUAUUUAACAACUGGAUUUUUUCACAAAAUUUUAAAUAAAUGUGCAACCAAACACAACUGAAUCAAACAUUCAGCGUGUGUGUGCAUACCCUGUGGUUAUUUGAAGGGUGUUAAAUUAAGGUGAAACAAUCAGCUGAUUAAUUGAUUUAAAUAUAUUAUUGUCAAAUAAUCAUUUUUAAACCAUUUUUCAAGUGAAAUCCCAAACUUUCCCUGGACCAACAUUUCCUGACCAUGUGCAGGCCUAACAAUGAACCCAUUUUUCCUAAAAGCAGAACAUUAAUACACACUGACCACAAUCCUUCGGUAUUAAAUCGUCUGAGGGGCUUUUUCCUUUCAGCCAUUCAAGCUCUAAUGUCUUGCUUUAAUUCAUGAAGCCUUCAGAAAAGUGCCUUUCAUCGCCACAUCCUCUUUGUCUCUUAACUCCACGUCCUUUAUCCGUCUGUAUCCUGUCUCCUGAGCAGUUUUCAGGUUUAGCGAGUACUAUUUCGAGCGCUGAGGACUCAAACUUGUCUGGGAUCAGAAAAGGAACGUAAACUCUGAUGAAAUCUGCUUGAUAACUGUCCCGUGGCUGUCCUCACAGUGCAGAUGCAGAUCAGAGGGAACUCUGCAAAUAGAUGAAGUGCCAACGAUCUGGCUGCGCUGCCAUCUCUUUCUAUCCCCUCUGAAAGAAAUCAUAACCUCUCCUGCUCGCUGGUUAAUGUUCAUGUUUUGUUGUUACCUGUUCUGUUGUUGAAUGCAUUCAGCCUUAAAGAAUUCAAUUUAGCAUGUGGAAUUGUUUUUUUUUUUUCUUAUUAUUGGACCACAACCUGUGGGAAUAGUAAUGAUUGGAUAGAUUUAUUUGUUUGCUCGUGCAUAACAGGUCAGAGAUCCUUCUUAGUGUAAAGCUCAAGUGCUUGAUAGGUUUCAGGAAUGUAGCAGUUUAUUUGUCGCUCUCGGUAUGUUUUAUUUGUAUUUUUAAUUUUGAAAAUGAAUAAUAAUAAU